GUACUUUGAACGAGAGGAAGAGUGCGCGCCACGGCUCUCCAUCGCUUCACUUUCUCCGCACAAACGGGAGAACAAAGAAGCCAUGAUGUAGACUUCGUCCUCCAACGCUCACGUCUCACAGCAGGACUGAUUGACUGACGCUUUCGUGCGCAGAGUAGUUAAUUGGAGUAGUUUAGCAGCGGUUUGCGGGAGUUUAGAUUGGUCCACCGGGAAAAGAAGUGCUGCUCUCCGGCUCUGCUCCACACAUGGACCGGAGUUCCUGUAGACUGCAUUAUCACUGAGGCUGCUUCAGUUUGGGGUUUUUUAGUUAAUCACCCACUCUUCUUUGUUUGAUGCCACCUUCAUCCAGAAACAGUCAAGCCUGAAGGUGAGGAACACUAUAAUCCCACAUUUUGUUUUUGCAAUGGCAACGGGAGUGGCAGCGUGGCUUCCUUUUGCUAGGGCUGCAGCCAUUGGCUGGAUGCCUGUAGCCAACUGCCCCAUGCCCAACGCACCAGGAGACAACAGCAAGAGACAAGAUGAGCUGAUAAUUCUUAAUAUCAGCGGUCGGCGCUUUCAGACGUGGAGGACCACCCUUGACCGUUAUCCAGACACCCUGCUGGGCAGCACUGAGAAAGACUUCUUCUAUAACGAGGAAACUAAGGAGUACUUCUUUGACCGGGACCCCGAUGCCUUCAGAAGCAUCCUUAACUUCUACCGGACUGGGAAGCUGCAUUACCCUCGUCAUGAGUGCAUCUCAGCAUACGAUGAGGAGCUUACAUUCUUUGGCAUCAUCCCUGAGAUUAUCGGCGACUGCUGCUAUGAAGAGUACAAGGACAGAAAGAGGGAAAACUUGGAGCGGCUGCAGGACGACCAGGAGGAAAUCAAGGACAUGAAGCUGCCAAACAUGAGCUUCAGGGAGACCAUGUGGCGCGCUUUUGAGAACCCCCACACCUCCACCAUGGCCCUUGUCUUCUACUAUGUCACUGGUUUCUUCAUUGCCAUCUCAGUCAUCACUAAUGUGGUGGAGACAGUGCCCUGUGGUUCAACUUUCAACCAGAAAGAUAUGCCUUGUGGUGAGCGCUACACCGUGGCCUUUUUCUGCAUAGACACCGCCUGUGUCAUGAUAUUCACCGUGGAGUACCUGCUGCGGCUGUUCGCCGCGCCUAGUCGCUACCGCUUCAUGCGCUCUGUGAUGAGCAUUAUCGAUGUAGUGGCCAUCUUGCCAUACUACAUCGGCCUGGUGAUGACCAACAACGAAGACGUGAGCGGCGCCUUUGUAACUCUGCGUGUGUUCCGGGUGUUUCGGAUAUUCAAGUUCUCUCGCCACUCACAGGGCCUACGGAUCCUUGGCUACACUCUGAAGAGCUGUGCUUCAGAGCUGGGCUUCCUCCUCUUCUCCCUUACUAUGGCCAUUAUCAUCUUUGCCACAGUCAUGUUCUAUGCCGAAAAGGGUUCCAGCUCCACCAAGUUCACCAGCAUCCCAGCUUCCUUCUGGUACACCAUAGUCACCAUGACCACACUGGGGUACGGAGACAUGGUACCAAAAACUAUCGCUGGAAAGAUUUUUGGUUCCAUUUGCUCCCUUAGCGGCGUGCUGGUGAUCGCUCUGCCAGUUCCAGUCAUCGUCUCCAACUUCAGCCGCAUCUACCACCAGAACCAGAGAGCGGACAAACGCCGUGCUCAGAAGAAAACCAGGAUGGCCAGGAUAAGAAUAGCCAAGUCCGGAAGCGCCAAUGCCUUUCUGCAGAGCAAACGCAACGGAAUGCUCAGUGAACUGCUGGAGCUGACGGGUAAAGACGAGGAAGAACAGAAGUCCAUGUCUCUGUUGGAGAGCCAACACCACCACCUACUGCACUGUUUGGAGAAAACCACAGCUCACGAAUUUGUGGACGAGCAAAUGUAUGAGCAAAACUUUUUAGAAAUGGCGCUGCAGACUUUUCCAUCACACAGCCCCUCCACGGCCAGCCAUGACAGUCCCGCAGUGACCUGCUGCAGCCGGAAGGAGAGGCGAAACACCCCCCUUCCCAGUGCCGACCUGCCUCCUCCCCACCCCAGCUCAGCCCACCAGAGCACACUACAGGAGCUGAGCACCAUACGCAUACACUGUGGUGACCCACUGUUGCACAGCACCAGUCGCUCAAAUCUUAACAUGAAACCCGAUGACAGCUGCAGAAUCAACAGCAAAAGCGGUCGCAUCACCACAGCUAUCAUCAGCCUCCCAACACCUCCAGCUUUACCCUCAGACGGUGACGGCCUCCACAGGCCGCCGAAGCGAAGGUCGCACCCUCCCACAGGUCACCCAGUGGCCCCCAGCAUUCAGACCACAGCGAGCUCAGCCGGAAUCAACAUAGUUAAAGUGUCGGCUCUGUGACUCCCAGCCUCAGGCCAUAGGUCACCUCAAAGGGAGGGAAAAGGUAGAGGUAACGUCAUCCUAAAGGAUCCUCUGUUUCCCCUCCAACUGGGAAGUUAAGGGAACUCCCAACUGAUGGAUGCAUCCACAGUUGUUAAUUUCCAUUAGAAAUGAUUGGAAAUAAUCCGUAACUGAAUCAAGCACUUGUCCUGAAUCUAUGUACUGUAGAGAUGCAGAGAGAUUUGCUGCAUUUCUAAGAGUUUCUUAAAGAGGUUCAGAUGUUUUGCAACAACUCUGGAAACAAAAAAAACAAAAAAAUGCCCCACAUGCUGAUAAUGUUUCUGAAAACUGACUUUAGAGUGAACUUUACAUCAAAAAAAGACAAUGGACUGCAAAUGUUCAGAAAGAAAAAGAUGUUGAUUGUAUUUAUUGGAACUUGAUUGGUAUUGUGUUUUGUGUUGUCUUAAGUAUUUCGAAAUGACACUAUGAGACUAAAAAAAGAAGAAAAUCUUAUUUUUUCAGAAUUAUCUGGGGGGAAAAAACAUUUACCCAAUGCUGCUAUCAUCAUCCAUAAAAUGUGAUCCAUACAUCAGAGAUUGACAUGACUGCCGCUGUCUUGUGAAAGACUCAAAUCAACCUGGGUUUUAGUUUUAGUUUAGUUAGAAGCAGAUUUUAUUUCAGAGGGACUCCAUGCUAACGUAAUGCAGCAAAUAUAAGCUGCAUGUUAUUUUGAAUGCUUGUCUGAAACAGCAUUUGAAAGAAAAUAACCCACAAAAUUGA